UAGAAAUGUUUUGCACAUCUCACUCACAAGCCACUCCACUCGACUCUCGUCCCCUUCCAAAAACCCUCGCCCAAUGGCGACCGCGGCGCCGGAGGAGCUCGCCCACCACGGAGCCGAGGAGGAGGAAGAAGAGGAGGACCCGGAGGAGGUGGAGCCGUGGCUCGGGAGCUCCGACUCGGAGCCGGAGGAGCACCCGCCGGCGCUCGAGCCGUGGGUCCCAUCCCCCGAGACAGAGCCGGAGCAGCAUCCGCCGGUGCCUGCACCGACGAAUUCGGCGUCCACGGAGGAAGAGGGGGAGUUCAGGCCGCGGUGGCCUGGGUUUCCCGGCGCGAGCGUGUUCCGGCUGGUCGUGGCGGGGGACAAGGUGGGCGGCCUCAUAGGGCGCCGGGGCGAGACCAUCAGGCGCCUCUGCGAGGAGACCCGCGCCCGCGUCCGCGUCCUCGACCCCGCGGACGGCGUCGCCGGCCAGCAGAUCGUUUUGAUAUCUGCAACAGAAGAAACACAAGCAGAGCUGGCACCUGCAAUGGAUGCUGCAAUUAAGAUAUUCAAACAUGUAAAUGAGAUAGAAGGGAUCAAUGCCAGUGUCACAUUUUCCGCUUCUGCACCAGAGAUUUGUUCUGCUAGAUUAUUGGUUCCUAAAGAACAAGCUGCACACUUAAUUGGCAAGCAAGGAAUCAUGAUCAAGUCAAUUCAAGAAACUACUGGUAGCACCAUAAGGAUUAUAGAUAAAGACGACCUUUUGAAUUAUCGGAUGGUGGAUGAAAGAAUUGUGGAGAUACUUGGUGCUUCCCUCAAGGCCCUCAAUGCCCUAAAAUCAGUGCUUGGACUUCUCCGGAAGUUCUUGGUUGAUCAUAGUGUACUUCAUCUAUUUGAAAGAAAGAACCAAGCCAUAGCUCAUGCACAGGAUAUUUCUAAAGAAAAUCAGGUUUCCAAUGAUUAUGCUCUUCCAGUGAGCCGGGACCUUUUGCUAUCUGACGGUCAAAGUCCACUUAGCCCGAAAGGCAACAGAUACCUGUCGUAUGGACGAGACCCAUCUGUUUGUGACCCAUAUUCAUCACAGAUCAGACAUCCAACUGAGUCCUUAAUAAAAAAGAUUACACAGACAAUGAAGAUCCCAUUGCCACAAGCUGAUGAGAUAAUUGGUGUAGGGGGGCGAAACAUUGCACAUAUACGUUCUGUUAGUGGAGCAAUUGUUGUUCUUGAGGAAACUGGAGAUUAUCUGAAUGAGGUUCUUGUUACUAUCCAAGGGAGUUCUUCACAAGUUCAUACUGCGCAUCAACUUGUACAGGUUAUUCUAUUGGGCGACAGAGAAGCUCCACCAACCAGGAGCAGCUAUAAUAACGACCUUGACACCGGCAUUCCAGGGCGGCUCUUCGCUCCAGAUGGUGUUCCAGCAAGUCAAGACCACCCAUUGUUGCACCACGAAUACCGACCAUCCAGCGAUGGCUGGGGACACUCUGCUUACCGUGGAUACAGGCUGGUAUAGUCGAGCAAGUCCUAGCGACCAGGCACACCCAGCGUCAUCGUCGCGCCCAAGGAUCGAUCAACCAACACCUGGAUCGCGAAAUGUGGAACUCUUUACUCGCUAGAAACGUGUCUGUGUCUGUCUGACGAGGGAAGGACAGAUGAAGCAGCCGUGAGCUAAUUCUGAUGUGUGGCACCUUUUUUGUGUGUGGCAUCAAUCACAAUCGUUGUGGCACCUAAUUCUGAUGUCCGAAGAAACUCGCUUGUGAUGGAUUGCCAAUGUUUCACU